AUGUCUUCGGGUAUUUACUUCUGUGAUGCGAAGGGGAAACUGCUUCUUUCUAGACGUUAUAAAGAUGACAUUCCUAUAAGUGCCAUUGAACAAUUCCCAUAUUUGUUGAUUGAAAAGGAGCAGGAGUCGAAUGUGAUACCACCUUGUUUCAGUCAUAAUGGGGUGCAGUAUCUAUUCAUUCAACACAACGAUUUGUAUAUUUUAACGUUGACAAGGUCCAUGUAUGCAAAUGUGGCCCAGGUGUUUUCCUUCUUGCAUACGCUGGUGGAUGUUUUACAAGAAUACAUGAAAGUUGUUGAAGAAGAAUCUAUCAAGGACAACUUUGUAAUUAUAUAUGAAUUGUUGGAUGAGGUGAUGGACUCCGGGAUACCUCAAAUUACAGAUACCAAAAUGUUGAGGCAGUACAUUACGCAAAAGUCGUUCAAGUUAAUCCGUUCUGCCAAGAAGAAGAAAAACGUUGUGAGACCCCCAUCUUCGCUAACAACGGCUGUUAGUUGGAGACCUGAGGGGAUUAAGUAUAAGAAGAACGAGGCGUUUUUAGAUGUUAUUGAAUCCAUUAACAUGAUGAUGACACAGCAGGGACAGGUGUUGAGAUCGGAGAUUCUGGGUAAAGUGAAGGUGAGAUCGCGUCUUUCUGGUAUGCCAGACCUGAAAUUGGGUUUAAAUGAUAAAGGAAUAUUUACGCAAUCAAACGAGGAAGAAGAGGACGAGCCUAGUAGCCAGCCAUCUAUUACCAGAAAGAAGUCAAAUAUAGAAUUGGAAGACCUGAAAUUCCACCAAUGUGUGAGGUUGAGCAAAUUUGAAAAUGAAAAAAUCAUCACGUUCAUCCCACCUGAUGGUGACUUUGAAUUGAUGAGCUACAGAUUGUCAACUCCAAUUAAACCGUUGAUUUGGUGUGAUGCCAAAAUUCAAGUUCACUCGAGGUCUAGAGUUGAAGUUCAUUGCAGAGCCAAGGCACAAAUCAAGGCCAAAUCCACCGCAAACAAUGUUGAGAUUUUAAUCCCAGUCCCCAACGAUGCAGACUCUCCUAAAUUCAGGUACUCCCAUGGGUCUAUCAAAUGGGUCCCGGAGAAAAAUGCUAUCCUUUGGAAGAUAAAAUCUUUCCCUGGGGGCAAAGAUUAUUCGAUGGCUGCGGAAAUGGGAUUGCCCUCCGUAAACGAUAUUGCUGACUAUAACUUCAAGAGGCCGGUCCAGAUUAAGUUCCAAAUCCCAUACUUUACAACUUCAGGUAUCCAAGUCCGCUAUUUAAAAAUCAACGAACCAAAGCUGCAGUAUAACAGCUACCCAUGGGUUCGUUACAUUACACAGAGCGGUGAGGACUACAUAAUAAGAAUGUGA